AUGGCAAGUUGGACUGAGGAUUUGAUUGGGACUCCUUCUUCAAUCACAGCCAAAAACUCAAAAUGUCAUGUUGUCUAUGUUGUUUUACUUGUCUCUGUUCAACAGAAAGUUCUCAUUUUCUUGUAUUGGCGUUUUGCCAUUGCCUUUGAUGCUCCAUCUUAUUUAACAACGGUAGAUGGUUUUCUUCCCUCCUUGUUGGGAGACAUGGUAGAGCACGUUUAA